UUUGGCUAAACACCGCACGCGGAUGUCAGCGUCGAUUCGUUAUUAUUAAACAUUGCAUAUCAGACCGCAAACCUAUAAUCGCUAAAUUGACAUUUAAGUGUUUGCAAACAUUGUGGAUUUCCGUCGAACAAUGACAUUUUCCAAUCUGGGAAUAUUAUUAAUCGUCUCCUGCUGCAUUAUUUAUUCGCACUCCAGUAUUCCAGGACAAUGUGGUGGCGAAAUCGAUAUUCUUCCGGGUCGCAAUUACACCUUCCAAACUCCGGGUUAUCCGGCACAGCUUGCGCCAAAUUUGAGAUGCGACUGGAUACUUUACACUCCAGAAGGUUAUGAUGUGGAAUUUUUAGGUGGAGAAUUUGAGGUCGACUACACUAACUACUUUCCAAACAUAUUUUCUCGUUCAGCGGAUUAUCUAUAUUUAUCACUCGAUCCACCUGUGCCGACAAAUUCUACUAGAUUCGCUUCUUUGGCAUCCGGUGCGCAGUAUGUCGGAAAUAAGGCCCCGGAAGGGGUUCUCUUCCCGAACACAAACAAGCUGCACGCAACCUUUAUUACUAACGACGACAACAAUCACCAUUUCGGCUUCAGAAUUGCCAUUCGAGCUGUGAGUCAACCGGCUCCAUCAGCUUCAUGCAACAGAAAUCUUACGAUUGGUAGCGAUGGAGCAAUAAUCCAGUAUGAAAGAAAAAAUCCACGGGAAACAUUCUGCCAGUGGAACAUCUUUAUACCGCAAGGCGCACAAACUCUGCUGCGAGUUGAGAAUUUACACCUACCUAUUUACCUACCCGAGCCGUUGCCUUAUAACGAUGACCGUCGGGAAUAUGUCGUCUGCGAAGAGGAAUAUCUUGAAAUACAAGAGAAAGACUAUGGCAUCGUCGAAUCUUCUCUUGCACAUAAUGCCGGCACCCUAAUCCUGCGCGACGAUCGUCUCUGUUUCAACAAGAACCAUCAAAAUCGCACUUAUAUUCUAUACAGCCAAAAUUUCACUUUGACCUUUCGUUCACAUCCUAAUGCAGCUGAUCGCGGGUUCCGUUUGGCGUUGGAACCCUACAACGUUUGCGCUACUGUAUUUUCCGAACCAGAUUUUAACGGAAUGGUUUUAAAUAUUGUGGAAGAUUCCGCUCAGAAGCAAGGUGUGCGUCAGAAAGACAUCCCCAAAAUCCGCUCCCUUAAGCUGCAGCAAUCCUGCAUGCUGUACUAUAUAUCCGAAAACUCACGGUCGAGUAUGGCUAAUUCAACAACCAACAACUUGAUUCUUCCGCCCCGUUCGUCUUAUAUUCUGUCACAAUUUUCCUGCAUUUGCCCAAAUCAGGAAGUUAAACCAGACGACAAAAACUAUUUUACCUGGCUAUGGAUCACGUUGACCUUUGCCUCAGUGGCAGUUGGUCUGACUGCCGGCCUUGUCUUCGCAUAUGCCAGAAAACGUCAGCAGCAGAAAACCAAUCCCAGCACCGUAUCCACCAGACUUGCUCGUCGAUUUCUGGGUUCACUCUACGACGAAUACAAAAUCCAAGCUUGGAAUUUAAAAGCUGACACGGAUGCCGUUGGAAGUGGCUGUUAUGGAAUGGUCUGGAAGGGCAUUCUUACGACCAGUCCUGAGCGACUACGACAGCUUUCAGUGAGUCCCAGCAUGCAGAGCGCUUCGCAUGCCCAGAGUGCAGUGGCCAUUAAGCGACGUCAAUCAGGCAGUGCGGUUAGCGAGAAGGAGUUCAUGGAGGAAAUCGCCAUGAUGGCCAAAGCUGCGUCCCAUGUCAACGUUGUCCAGCUCGUUGGCAUCGUAACGGAAGGUUGCGUUAAGCUUGUAAUGGAAUACUGCGAGCACGGAUCUCUGGAUGUAUAUCUCCGAAAUAAGCGACUGUGUGGUACCACCAAUCAAACUUCUAAUAAUCAACAAUUUCUGGAUUAUGCGCGUCAGAUCUGCAGCGGUAUGCAGCAUCUGGCGUCCAAAGAAAUUAUCCACCGUGAUCUUGCAGCACGAAACAUCAUGGUCAGCCAAUGUGACGUUCUCAAAAUAUCGGAUUUCGGAAUGGCCAAAUGUGGUCCAGUGUACAGCGAAAUCAGAAAAGAUAUCCGUUCGCCCAUUGCCUGGAUGUCACCCGAGUCCAUUCUCAUCGGCGAGUACAGCUACUCCACUGAUGUAUGGUCAUUCGGCGUAGUUGUUUGGGAGAUCUUCACAUGGUGUCAGCUGCCAUACGUCGAUCAGUUGGGAAGCUGCAUGGCUCAAGAUAUUCUGAACUUUCUUGACAGCGGCAAUCGUUUAAAGCAACCGGAGCCAUCACCCGAUGAAGUGUACCAUAUCAUGCUCAGUUGUUGGGAGUGGAAGAAGUCGGAACGACCAAGUUUCGAUUCGCUGAACAACAAGUUGCAGCGAUUGCAAGUCGAUGCUUUAAAUUAUCGCUAUGUGGUAUUUACGCCACAAAGUUUGGUUUAAAAAUAAUGAGACUUCAGCAAAUAAUUUCAUGUAGAAUUUCAGCGGAACUGCUGGAAGAUUGUGAUAGUCUAGAUAGAGGCGAAACCGGGCACUAACUGAUGCGGUAUAUACUAUGUACAUGAUUACAUCUUAAUUACGGAAAACGUUUGGCACAUAUCUGUACCUUUGCAUUUAAUGGGAGCUGCAAUAAAUCAAAUGUCCUUAUUAAAGAAUCUGCUUAUUUAUGUCACUGCCCUUUGUGAUAUUGUUUCUUCAUUGGCGAAUAACUUACUUGCCACUGUUUCUCGUUAAC